AUGACAUCGAGAAGUAAAAAUUCUGUGCGAACCUACGAGACCGAUAUUGAAAAGAGUCGCGAGGAGUCUAAUUGGAAGAAGGCUGUAGAGUUAGCUCAGCAACUCAAGGCCAGGUCACCACAGCACGAGAGCCUUGCACACUUCUUGAUUGGGGAAGGCAAGUUAGAAGUCUAUCUAGAUGAAUGGCCUCCUAUCAAAGAAAAUACAGAGCGUGCUCAGAGAGAGUUGUCCGAGCCUAAAGGAUACUUGACACUGGCUACAGACGAAGCCGGAAAGAAAGCAGGAGUUGCAUUAGAUGCUCAUUUGUUGCUUGGCAAGCUUCACUUUGCAUGUGGAUCAUAUGAUGAUGCAUUAAAACACUAUAAGUUUGCAGAAUUAAACACUUUGACCGAGAAAGAAUUGCCUGUUCGAAGUCUUCGCAUUGUAGCCGAGUCGUAUGCUAUUAAAGGGCUAUGCUUGGAGCAGAGUGUGUUACCGUCGUCUACCAGCAAGUUUAAACAAGCCGAAUGUGAGGCAGAGUUGAUUCGUAGUUUCGAACUUGCGUCCGAGUUGACGCUGCUGUACCUCCAGAGGGCGUCGGCCGCCAGGGCGGGUGCCACCCUCGAGACUGCCCUUCAGAGGGCGCCUCUCUUGCACAUUCGGGCCGGACGACUCACCGCCGCUAUCGACAGGUAUCGGGAAAUGCUGACGGCGGUGGAGUCCGUGGCCACGCAGGCCUUGCGGCUGACGCUAGCUCGACAGCUGGCCGAGGUGCUCAUGAGGGGCGUCACGGGACAGGUGUACAAAGCCCCGCAAGGCGUGUCCCCGCCGACCGGGGGAACUCUAAGCAGGCGCAGAGAGGAACAAGCCUCGGACGGACCUUGGAAACCCAAGAAGUACGCCGCCAUCAACCAGUUCGUGCCCCGCAACGUGCACGAGGAGGUGGUGCUGUCUCUGGUGGUGGGGGAGGCCAUGGCCGUGAGGGACGCCGUGCUCUCGCAGAGCGCGGAGUUCGAGGCCGCUCGAGCCCACUCUUUGCACAACGCCGUGGCGCUCGUGGACCUCCUGGCCGUCGCCGUCACGCGCUGGGGACAGCUGCCGCUGCUGCUGGAGUCGUUGGAGCGCGCGAUGAAGUUCUCGUUCGGGUGCGGCCACAUCUGGCGGCAGAGAGCCCUCGCCACGGCCGCCGCCUCCGGGCACGACUCCGGCCCGGCGCUGCUGGCUCGUCCGCCGCCGAAGCAAGGUAGUCCGUCAUGGAACGCCCACGUGCGGGCCGUGAGCGUCGCCCGUCGCGCGGCCCCUCUCGUGCCUCACGACGCGCCUCUGAGGCUGGUGGCCGCCACCACCGCCUUCAGGGCCGGAUGGAUAGAGGAGGGCAUCGAGCUGGCCGAGCAGGCGCUGAGUGCGGCGCGAGCCCGCCCCGACACCCCGGCCCCCCGGCUGGCGCGCUGCUACCUGCACUGCGCCAUCGGGCACCAGAUGAAGGCGCAGAAAACGAACAGUCGCAUCGAGAAAGACGCGGAGAACGAGGUCUGCCUGAAGUACCUGGUCCAGAGCGUGCAGAUCGACGACAACGACCACCUCGCCUUCUACCACCUCGCCCUGCAGUACGUGCACCAGGGCAUGCUCAACGAGGCCAUGGACGCCACCCGCGCCUGCCUCUCGUGUCGCGCCGAGUGCGGCGGCGGCCUGCGCUUGGCGGCGUCGCUCUGGUCCUGCGCGGCGGCCGGCCCCAGGGGUUCGAGGGCCCUGCACGCCGCUCGCCUGGCCAGGCACCACUACCCGACGGCCGAGUGGCCCCUCUGGACGCUGGCCGCUCUGCAGCUGCUCUGGGAGGGAGGCGAGGCGGCGUUGGCCACGGGCAAAGAACUCUUGCGGCUGCUCAACGGCGCCGAAGAGGCCGACGGCGAGCAGCAGUACGCGGAACUGGACGCGCUCUCGGACUCGCUCCGGGACGACCCCCACAGCGUGAGAGAUGCCGCGUCGGUGCGAGCGGAAUCGGCGGGCGCGUAUCGCUUGGAGCGGGCGUUGUCCGAGAACGCGUCCACGCUGUCGCAACGAGCGCGUUCGCCCCUCGCGGACCAUCGCGCCCACGCCUGGCUGCUGCUGGCCGAUCUCUGUCUGAGGUUGGGUCGCACGAGUGCGGCGGCGGGUUGCGUGUCGGAGGCGGCCGCUCUGACGCCCUUCAGCCAUCUCGUGUUGUACACGCGUGGGCGCGUGCACAGCGCGUGCGGGGAGUGGGAGGAAGCGCGCCAGUGCUACCAGAACGCCCUCGCCAUUCAUCCCACGCACGUGGACACCAUGCUGCAACUCGGUGGAGCCUACUACUCCUUGGGUUGGCUGCGCCUCGCCGAGCGGACGCUGCGCGAGGCGGGCGCGCUGGAGCCCGGGCGGGCGGACACGUGGCGCAGGCUGGCGCUCGUCCUGGGCGCCCUGGGCGAGCCGGCCGCGGCCGCCGACGCCGCCGCCGCCGCUCUGGCGCUGCAUCCGCUCGCGCCGCUCUGCCCCGACCUCUGA